AUGUCUCCAUUAACUACUACCAGCUUCCCUGAAGAUGCGGUUCCACUGGCACCAGAAGAUCCCCUCUUCGGGUUAAUGGCUGCUUAUCGUGCUGAUACUUUUGAUAAAAAAGUUGAUUUGGGUAUUGGUGCUUAUAGAGAUAAUGAUGCAAAACCUUGGGUUUUACCAGUCGUUAAGAAGGCUGAUGAGAUCCUUCGUAAUGACCCCGCCUUAAAUCACGAAUACCUUCCUAUCGCCGGUCUCAAUACUUUCACAUCCGCCGCCGCGAAACUGAUGCUAGGAGCCGACUCCCCAGCUCUCACAGAUAAACGUACAUGUUCCGUUCAAACCAUAUCCGGUACCGGAGCCGUCCAUCUCGGCGCUCUCUUCAUCAAGAGAUUCUACCCCGGUUCCCCUACUGUCUAUUUCAGCAAUCCAACUUGGGCAAACCAUAAUCAAAUCUUCUCCAAUGUUCAACUUCCCGUUGCUACAUAUCCAUACUUUUCAAAGGCUACUAAAGGUCUCGAUUUCGAUGGCAUGAAGAAUACCAUUCAAAAUGCUCCCGAUAAGAGUAUUAUUCUCCUACACGCCUGUGCACAUAAUCCUACUGGAGUCGAUCCCACACAAGAACAAUGGAAAGAACUCGCCGCUCUCCUCAAACAAAAAUCACAUUUUCCCUUCUUCGAUUGUGCAUACCAAGGAUUUGCCUCCGGGGACUUGGCAAAAGAUGCUUGGGCCGUUCGUUAUUUUAUCGAACAAGGUUUUGAACUUUGUAUCGCUCAAUCUUUUGCCAAGAACUUGGGAUUGUAUAGUGAACGUACUGGAUGUUUCCAUUUCGUAACUGGAGCGGACAAAGAUGCGGAGAAGAAUAUUGGGAGAAUUUCAAGUCAGUUGGCAAUUUUACAACGAUCUGAAAUCUCGAAUCCUCCAGCGUAUGGCGCGAGAAUUGCAAGCACAAUUUUAAAUGAUGAGGCUUUAUUUAAAGAGUGGGAAGAGAAUUUGAGAGAAAUGUCCGGGAGAAUCAUCACCAUGCGUAAGGAACUUCGAAGCAAACUUGAGGAAAUGGGAACUCCAGGGAAAUGGAAUCAUAUCACGGAACAAAUCGGCAUGUUUUCAUUUACGGGAUUAUCGGAGAAACAAGUCUUGGAAUUGAGAAGUGAAGCUCAUGUCUAUAUGACGAAAAAUGGAAGAAUUAGUAUGGCGGGGUUGAAUACGAAUAAUAUUGAUUAUUUUGCAAAGGCCAUGGAUAAGGUAGUUAGGAAGACACUGCAGGAGAGUGCGAAUCUUUGA